AUGCCGAAUCCGCUUGUAAAAAUGACGCCGAUUAUGAAUGACAUCAAUCGAACGGAUCAGAGAGGGGAUGGACUUAGAGUCUUCUACUCUUCCAGCGGCGUCAAAACCGACUUGGAAUCGCUGGCUUUGCACUUCGUCCACAUGGUUCUAAAUCAAGAAGGAAACGUCGACGGGAUGGAGAUUUUCAAAUAUCUUUGGGACGAAUUCGACGUCCGAAAUUUGGCUGACUGGCGCGAUGUUCGCGUCCGGCCACAGGAUCACAAGCAGGUCGAAUUCGCUGCGGAAACGAAUCGCCUACUCGUCCAGCUCCUCCGAAAACACCUGAAGCUCUUUGAUCGAGAAGGAGACCGAGAGUCAAAGACUGUUAUUACUUUCUGCUUUUUCAUGAUGAACGCACUUAUUGUCAACAAUCAACGAGUGACGAACGGAUUUAAGGUUCGAUUGCGUUUGCUUCAAUCUGAUGUUGAACAAAUUGAAGAGUUCUUUAAAAAAGAACCCGGACAGGGGCUUAUUGAUGAUCAAGCUUACACUUCUUGGUACCGAUUAGAACAAAGUGGAGGAUAUGACAUCGUUGCCACCGAAUUGCCCUUUGUUCUCGGUGAUUUCAUGGGCGUACCAAAAACCAUGCGUGCCGAUAACCACCGGGACCGGGCCUCUGUCGGUCUCAAUCUUCCAAAAAACGCGUCGGAAGAGUUGAUGCAAAUCGGCUUCAAAAAAACUGCACUCGAACUAGUCGAUAAAACAAUAGAAUACGAAAAAUUAAAGAAAAGCCUCAUCAAUACUGGCGCCCUUCCCCAGCACUGCCAAAUCGACGAUUACAGUUUCGAUGCACUUGUUCGAACAUGCACUACAGUCGCCAAUGUUUACCAAAAACUCAUUGAUAACAAAAACAGACCAGAAGGAACGGAGCAAAAUCAGAAAACAGCUUGGCAGCUCAAAGCUGAACGGAUCCGGCAAAUUAAAGCAAAGGCCACCCGGAGAAAGAGAAAAAAUAGCUGGAGCGAGGGAGAUAAAGCUGGAUCAAGCGGGGCUGAUGCGACUAGCGCUAGCCCAGCGAAGAGCAGCAGCGCCAGCGUACUCGUACAGGGAAGACACGCAAACCUCCUCGACAAUUUUGCCCAUCCUAGAAUCAGACGUUUAGUGAGCGAAGCGUUUUUGCGUGACAAGCUUAAAUCGGAUGUCGAAAAGAUCACGGAGAACAUCCAAAAGUUUCACGCGCAGCGAGAAAAAGAAAUCUUCCGCGAGUCCGAGAAGCUUAUCAGAGCUAAAAAAGAGCGUCAGGAGCAGCUACAAGCCGCUGAAAGAAUUCAGGCCGAACGAGAGAAGAAAGCUCGCCUGGAGCAGGAAAAGAAGGCGGCGGCGGAGGAAAAAAAGCGGAAACAAGCUGCCGAGAAAGAUGUUAAAGCGCGGAUAGCGUCACAUCUGAAGAAGGCGCGUGCUAAUGAACGGAAGAACGCGAGGAGGCGCGAGCAACGUGCGCUAGAAAACCCCACUCUCCUCGAAAAGCGCGAAAAGCGAGAGAACAAAAAGGGCAAAAACAAGAUGAUCAUUGCGCGCGCGACCGCAGACCUUCCUUUCAUCGAUGGCGACGUCGUGCUCUUCAAUCAGUUUGAUGAGGAGGACAAGGGACCGCUUGGACUUGGCUUCACCCUCGGCAGAUUGAUUUUAGACGGCGCAGAUAUCGAAGAAGACGAGUUACGUAUUCGAGUAAUGAACACGAAGAACUCUUUUUUCGCGCCAUGGUGUGAGGAGAAAGACGAGAUCGAGGACAUUUUUGUAUGCAAUGAAGAUCUUAUUGCUCGCGUAAAUAACUCAUAUGCGACGGGUAUUCCUCUUAUCGCAGAAAUCGAAGAAUGGUUCGACGAGGAACUCAACUUUGGCCUGGUCGAGUCGCACGUUGACGCGAGGAGCGAGAAAUCACGUCUGCCAUCCCAGGACAUCGAGUUUGACUGGCUCCCUUCAAACGGACCGGCCUCUGUGCGUUCUUCGGUGUCCUCCAACUCCUCCGUCGACGAUGUCUUCGAUUUCGACAUGCCGGAAACGCCGCUUUCAUUUUGCGCUGAAAAUCGGCUGAGCGAAGAAGCACCGCCAAGAAGUGUCUCCUCCGUUUCAAGCUCCGUGGACGACGUGUUUGAUUUCGACUUCGAGAGCCUCAUGCCUUCUCACGCCACGCUCAACGACCUUAGCCUCGAACUUGGAAUCGACUUAUGCAGUGGCGAAGGUAAGCAACCGGCUACUUUCAAACCAUUGGUCCCUCCUUCUUCUGCGUCCAAAAGGAAGAAUCCAGUUCCGAUCGCUAUUGCACCGAAGACAUCUCGAAUCGAGCAGCGACUUGUUUCGGUACAGACGCUUUCCCGUCUCCAGCAAGUACCGGCAAUUCCAGUGGAGAACAGGCAGAUCCAACAAGAUGAGGCUCGUCUUGGGGGUCUGCGUCCCCUACGCCCGCGAACUAGCACCAGCACGUUCACCAAUUCGACAGUUCCGCUAACAAAAUCGACCCUAAACGAAAAGAAUUACGAACCGCCCUCUCCUCGGUCGAAAAUCUCCCCGACUCCCGCUUCAAAUGAAUCGAACUCCUCGUCUCUUAUCUUGGCUGGUCCAAAAAAGAACUACAAUCAAACUGCAGAAAACGAAGCGAGCUACACUGGCUGUAUAUUCAACUGUAAAGAAUGUGGAAAAGUUUUUACCAGACGAGACGCCGCUCGCGCCUGCAGUCGAGAUCAUCGAUUGACCUCAAAAUCCCUGAAAGUUCUUCAAAGACGAACAUGCUCAAUUUGCAAGAAGAUUUGCUCCUCACCUGUGGCUCUAAAAACGCACAUGUUGAUCCACAGCGGGGAGAAACCAUUCAAAUGCUUCGAGCAAGGCUGCAACAAGGAGUGCCGUGAGAAAUCGGCCCUAAAGAAGCACUACAAGCGUUUCCAUCCUGAGAAAUUGGACACAAUUAUGCUUGGCGCUGCUAGACAAAUCGCUAGAAACACGCGUCUGAGAAACCAUGGCGCCUUGCAGAAAGGUCAAUUCAAAGGCAAAUUUCAAGGUUACGGCGAAGAGGACCAGAUCGAAGACAUGUUUCUUCCAGAAGCAAGGACAGGCUGGACGCCUAUGGAACGAAUAAUGCGGAGGCCGAACUCCGCCGAUUUUGACGAAGUUUACGAGUCUCAUUGGGCAUGGAAACACGUGCUAGAAGGAGAUGCAAAGAACAUCUCGACCAGCGCUACGAUCAAUACGUGCGUGACUUCGGCUUCAAACCAGAGGACUAUUUCGAGCGCGCGGAUUAUUUUGCCAACGCGAGGCUUGCUACACACCUUCCUACACGAGAAAAAUUGCUGCCCUCUGCAUCGUGAUGUGUACCUUCUGCCGCACUACAAAAAUACGAAACUUUUAAAACAGUUUAUCGACCCGACGACUGGUAACAUAAUGACAGGAUUGCGGACAGGAUGUUGUCUUCAAGCUGAAAUUGAGCUAGGUGUCGCGCUUCAGCUCGCCUGGCAGUAUGGGUAUCUCCUGCAGCCCCUGCAUACGUAUCAGAAACGUGGGGGCUGGGGAUUCAAGAAUAACUUAGACUGGAGAGCAAUGCCUUCCAGAUCGUCGCACUGGAAACAGCGUCUCGGUAAAAGACUGACCAGCUGGUGCAUUCCUGUUCGGACAAUCGAUCAGCAAAAUGAGCAAGCGAUGCAGCUCUCCCCGACGCCGGAAGGAAAUACCAAGUGGGGCAUGAGAUCUAUUAGGUCCCUUGUUCCUCGGCAAACGAGCCGCGUCGACUAUGCAGACCAGUUCGAUCCGUGCGAUUGUACUUGCACGAAUUCUAGGCCAGGAAAUUUUCCUUUCUUCACUUUGCUUUUGUCCCUUUUGCACAUUGGCCUCUACAUUUACUACGUCGCCAUUGAUCCAGACCAUAAUAUCUGGGAUUUUAAUCCUCCGAUUCUUUGCUCGCAGUUCCUUUAUUCUCCUUAUCACAGGGAAGAAGUAUGGCGCUACUUUACGUACUCAUUUACCCACAGUGGCAUCUCCCAUCUAGCUUCAAAUCUCGUUCUUCAAAUUCUUAUUGGCAUGCUUUUAGAGAUGGUGCAUGGCACGCCAGCAGUGAUGGCGAUCUAUAUCAUUGGCGCCACUAGCGGCGGGCUCAUGACUGGAAUCAUGUCACCAGACAAGCUUGUUAUCGGCGCUAGUGGCGGAGAUUAUGCCCUAGUUUUCGCAUAUUUGGCCAAUCUACUGCUCAACUGGGACUCGAUGAAGGGCGUUUGGAAGUGGGUCCGCCUAUUCUUUCUUCUAUUUUUCAUUGGCACUGACAUUUACAACGCAGUAGCCAGACAAAUGUCCACCCAAAUCUCCAGCGGUGCUCAUCUUGGGGGCGCAAUAGCUGGCCUCGGCGUCGGGCUCAUUCUUCUUUGCAAUUUCUACGAGACGAAGAAGGAAAGAAUCCUCAGAAACGUCCUCUUUGGGCUGUUUGUACUUGCUUUUGUUGUCGCCGUGAUUUGGUCAAUCUUCUGGCCGGGAUUCAAGGAGUUUGAUGACACGGCUCCACCGUGUGAUACAUUCGGCCAAUGCUCUCAAUACAAAGACUGCUCCAACUGA